AUGAUACAAGCUUACGUAUCCAAAGUGAGCAUACUGCGUACCGCUACAAAGACCACGAAUCUUCGUCACAACCCCAGGUUUUUUGCUGUUCUCGGCGGACCAGGCUCGGGGAAAUCCACCAUCUGCGCAACAUGGGCCAAGCUGGAUGGCGGCGUUAUGCACAUUGGUAUUGGAGACAUCUUGCGUAGCGAGGCAAAGCGACCUGACAGCCCGUAUGCCGAAGUCCUCCAAGCCAAUCUUGCAAAAGGCGCAAUCGGCGAUCCGGAGAUGACAGUCGGUCUCAUCAAGGACUACAUCCGCACCAGGAUACGCAGCGCAACCGGGCCUAUCCACACCUAUCUUCUCGACGGAUUUCCUCGCGCUGUCGCGUCAGCCCAAUACUUUGAGCGGACCGUCGGUCCCAUCAGCAAGGUCAUUGUCCUCGACAUACCCGAGGCGACUCUCAUAGAUCGAUGUCUCCAGCGAAACCGGUCUGAUGACAAUCAUGAUGCCAUCCGAGAACGCAUCCGCGUUUACAACACCAAGUCGGCCGAGGUCAUCUCUGCUUAUGCGCUUCGUGGCAAAGUCUCCCUAUUGAGCGAGCCGUCUGACUGGUCAAUAAGGACUUGGGCAGGAUAUUGGACCAUGGAAUUGAAUCAUAAGUUGUCCUAUAGCGUGGAAGUCGGACAAGAUGUGAUUCGACAUGCUGUUGCCUGCGGGCUCCUCAUAUGGGAGCUCUGUGUCAUACGCGACGACUGCACCGAACUAAAUGCUCGUUGAGAGAGUUUGGGCUUUGCGUUCACGUGGGCUUGGUACUUCUACCUUGUGGAGGCCUGUUAUGGAGAACGAAGUACACACUCGGAGGAUGGAAUGCAACAUCGAUGAGUUAGCGGUGGGUGAGCAUGAUUUCACGCGAUUGUGCCUAGUGGUAGAGGCCAUCACUGCUGACCAAAUGGAAAUGAAUUACACGAAGACGGUAGAAGAAUAGAG